UUUUGUGCCACUUUCCUCGCCAAACCAUAUUUCACCGACAUCUCCGUGAUCUUUGUAAUUCUCAAUUUCCAGAGAUAUCCCGUGAAAAUGAGUUCAGUAAAUGUCUCUGGAUUUCUCAACCUUGGGAAACAAUGUCUGAAAGUUCAAAAUACAGCUUUGCGUUCCAUGUCCGUGUCAGCACAGCCAAAGACACAAGAGAAUAUCAAGCCCAAAACUGCAAUCUUGAUGUUGAAUAUGGGUGGUCCUGCUACUACAGAUAAAGUCGGAGAGUAUUUGCAUAGAAUUAUGACUGAUCGUGAUAUGAUGCAAUUACCUGUGCAAAGCCGUUUAGGCCCAUGGAUUGCUCAACGUCGUACUGCAGAGGUGCAGAAGAAGUAUGAGGAAAUUGGAGGUGGUUCUCCAAUUCUCAAGUGGACAAACAAGCAGGGAGAGUUGCUUUGUCAAAAGUUGGAUCAGUUGUCUCCAGAAACUGCUCCUCACAAACAUUAUGUUGGUUUCAGAUAUGUUGAUCCAAUGACUGAAGAAGCUUUGCAAAAAAUAGAAGAGGAUGGCGCACAAAGGACUAUUCUGUUCUCUCAAUAUCCUCAGUACAGCUGUGCUACUUCUGGUUCUAGUUUUAAUGUUAUUCAUAGAUUUUACAAAAAUAGGAAAUUUCCAGAACAUAUGAAUUUAAGUAUUAUUGACAGAUGGUCCACACAUCCCCUUUUGAUCAAGACUUUUGCUGAGCGUAUAAAAGAGGAACUCCAGCAUUUUCCAGAAAACAUUAGAAAAGAUGUUGAAAUAUUAUUUUCAGCACAUUCAUUACCUUUGAAGGCAGUCAAUAGAGGUGAUCCAUAUCCACCAGAAGUCGGUGCAACAGUUCAAUUGGUCAUGGAAGAAUUGAAGCACUGCAAUCCAUACCACUUGGUAUGGCAAUCAAAGGUCGGCCCUCUACCUUGGUUGGGACCCUUCACUGACGAUGCACUGAAAGGUUACAAAAAGCAAGGAAAGAAUAACUUUAUUUUAGUACCCAUUGCUUUCGUUAAUGAACACAUUGAAACUCUUCACGAAAUGGACAUUGAAUAUUGUCAUGAUUUGAAAGAAGAGUUAAAAAUCGAUACUAUAAGACGAGCAAAGGCACCAAACGAUCACCCUUUAUUUAUAGAAGCUCUUGCAGAUAUAGUUUUGACACACAUGAAAUCCGGUAGAUCGGUAUCCCCAAAAUUCCUUAACAGAUGUCCGCACUGCGUGAAUCAGAAUUGUGUGGACAGUAAGCAAUGGUUUGCCAAAGUUUGCAAGGCGUGAAGGAAUUGUUAAAGUCAAACAUUUACAUUUUAUACAUUUGAAUUAUAUUACUUGUUACUAUAUAUUUUAAAAAUAAAAAGGUGGCUGUGUAGUUUAGUAAAUCGUCUUGAUCAGUUUCUUCGAUGAAUCAAGAUGAAACACAAUUCUUGUAGGCGACUAAUUGGCGUUACUCCUAAUAUUAAGCUUGUUGACCUACUAUUUGCACCUAGCCGAUAUUGUUCUAUAAUCAUAGAAGGAGCUAUCUCCCCACUCAAUCUGUAAAUUUUUAUACAUUUGUACAGUAAUACCUUGUCACGAAUAAUUAUUUAAUUAUUUAGAAAGUUUUAAGAGAUAACUGAGUUUGAAUUUUCAUAGAAAUUUUUAUAAAAAUUUAAUUUUUUUGAAUCAAAAAAUAAAUUUUGCAAUAAAAUACUAUA